AUGGGUAGUGUGAAGAAUAAGAUAGUCAAGAGAGCGGCUCGGACGAUAGCAGAGAAGUAUUUCCAGAGGCUUGACAACACCUUUGAUCACAAUCUGCUUGUUGUGCAAGAUGUUGCGGUUGUUGAAUCAAAGAAGCUGAAGAAUGAGAUUGCAGGAUAUCUUACGUCACUUUAUAAGAAGAUUCUGAAGGGGACAUACAACAGGGUUUACAUCAAGAGCCAUGAGGAAGAAAGAGAGAGAAAGGAGAAUGUGAUUCCAAAGGAGUCCAUGCUUGAUGUUGACUGUGUCGAGGUUGAUAAAGUGACGAUGGAUAUGAUAAAGAGAUAUGGAUAUGAGGGGAACUUCAAGAUCUAUGGGAUGUGA